AAUACAUGCACUGCCUGGCAGCCACAGCGACUCAAAGCAUUACUAGACCAGGAGAAACAUUCUGAUUGCCCAGUCUUGAGUUUUAAUAAGAGGAAAAGCAGAGGCACCAUGUUUUAUGUUGCAUGACAUUAAAAAAGGAUGUGAUUUCACUCUUGAGGUAAAGCAGGGAGACGCUAUUGGAAGACACCAUUAUUCAGAUUUGGACACUGACUUUGUGAUACUGGAUUGCUGAGGAUCAUUAUGCUGCAAUGCUGGGUGCUUUGCUUGGUGCUUGGGAUGUGCCUGGUUCACAACAGUCUCUCCCAAAGCGGGGAGGAUGAAACAGAAAUGGGCUCAGGGGAACCUUUCGCUGUCUUCUAUUCCAGCCACACAAGAGAACAAGAGAAGGAACCCAGGAAGGCUGUGACUCUCAAGCCCAAGUCUUCCUCAGACCAAUGCUCAAUCACAUUUCACACAACUCGACAGCCUGGCAGCUCCAGCCCGUGCAGUGCCAGGAAAGAUCAGAGGGUGUCCUGUGAGGAGGAGCUCAGCUACCUCAACAAAAUCGCCCACAGCAAUAAGGUCCUUAUGGAGAGCCUGAUUUACACUGCCAGCUCCGAGGUGGGGGAGGAGAAGUACCAGGAAGUCAUUUCAGAAGCCAUCGUGGGGAUCAGGGAGGACAACCUGAAGUUCGACGGGGUGGUGAAGAAGGUCCUGGAUGAGUUUGAAAUGCAGCUUGAAGGGGAUCUGGAUGGAGCGGAGAAAGUUAAAGAAGAAUAUCUGAUCAUUCAACAAAUGCUACGCUCGACAGAGAGAAUCGCUAAGAAACUGGAGAGUGCUUCCCAAGACCUCUAUUCCUCACUGACAAAACUUUCAGACAAAUCUCCCUCCUUCUCCAUCCACAAUUAGAUGUUUUUCCACCUUAUAAGUGCUAGACUCAACAUGUGUCACAUUGUGUCACAUUUUUACAUAAUUACAUCAUUUAGAAAUAUGUACCUCCUUCCACUAUUUCCAUACAAAUAAUUCACAACCUUCUGUUCUGUCUGCGUAAUUUUUCCCAACAGGCUGAGAGCCAUCAUUCAAUAACUAUUUGGUAUUCUACAAGUAGCUAUGUAGUGUUUUGAUCCUGUAUGAUAUGCACCCCUGUCAUGAUACAGUAUCUCAUUUUAAAGAAAGUAUCAGUACCCUACCUUAUUCAAUAUAAUUGUACCAAGAAUUGGGGGCAGUCCGAAACAUUAAAAAUAUAGUAUUAAAGAUUGUCUAUAGUGACCACUAGUGAAUCUUCAUUUUAAAGCAACCAGAUAUAAUGACCAAUGCCUAUAUUUCCAGAUGAAGGUUAAAUGCAUUCCAAUUACCCCAUUAAGCAAUUCACCAUCAUUCAUGUGCAUUAUCAAUUGUCCAUUUAUUGUAUAUUGAGUAGACUCAGUAUCACCAAAGUAUCACCAACAAGAACCUUGUUCAUAUAGAUAGAAGAAAAGAGAGUUACGCUACUGCAGUCCAACUAUGUAUACAAGCCAGUUUUAAAUUAUUGCAGCUAUAAUCAUUUGAAGUGAUGUUUAGGCAGUAUGAUAAAUAGAUAGACUGUAGUGCAACGCACAGCAGGCAUUAUAAACAAAUUCACUUUUGAGUUAUAGUGGCAUAGGAUUGAAUUUUCCUGUUGACGAGAGCACAGCUGGUGCCGAUAUCUGUAUAAAAAUGAACGCUGUCUUCAUAUUGUUUACAGCAUGGUUUUCAAGAACAAGAACAAGGUGUUUUUUGAAACACGAUUCAGAUACAGAAAGAUGACGGAGUAAUAUUCAAGAUAGAAACAUUAAAAAGCUGUUGGUUCCCACUUGGUCCCCUCUAAAAUGUGUACUGAAGUGAUUAAGUAAUCAAUAUCUGUUUUAAACUACUAUUUUGCAAUCUUAGUUCCUAUUGUCUUUCUACAAUCUGUGUACCAUAAUUUAAUAUUAUGUUUGUACCCUUUUUAUUGGAAACACCCCCAUUGUUUAUUGACUACAGGAAUGUAUAUAAGCAAAUACCCUUGAUGGUAUGUAUUGUUAAGAAUGGAAGUUAUUUUGUAUGGAAAACGUUUUUUGCCAAAUAUAAAUUAGAAGGUUUUCCAUGAAUUUAUUCUGCUGUAACCAUUUUUCUUUCUCUAAAAAUAUGCAAUCAAACUAAAAGCUGUUGCAUGGAGACAAAUCAGGUAAAACAUAUAAGAAGUCAAGUAGACGUUUAGCUAAUGCCUUUCUAUAUGUUUCUCGAUACAAUUCACAUCAGGAAGCUACAGACUAUGAAGAAUAGUGGACUGCAUUUGGUCUAGGUGUGUUUUUUUAGUUCAGUUUCCAAUAUGGUUUCAUAGUUUCUGUAUUACCAGGUUCAUGUUUGCUUUCCAGUCAGUACUGUUCUUCCAGCAUCUAAACACAGAUGGUAAUGAAUUAGCAUUUCAACCCAUAGAAUUUAAUUGAAUGGAAAGGCAAUGGCUGGAGGGCUGGACACAAACUACGAACCACAUAUUUCAAAGACAAACGUCUUACCAAUUAUCUAAAGAGCAAGCUCUGUAAUCAAGAAGUGUCGGUAUUUUUAACUCCUCAGCCACUAGGUGGAGAUCCAUUACAAGCUCCUGCUCCCCUGUCCCGUCUAACUUCAUCUUCUCAACCAUAGAAAGGAAAUCCUUCUCUGUUGCUUUGGUCCUGCAAAUAGAGUAGGAAAAGCAAUUAACAAAGCCAACCCCAGGACCAGAGUACAGAUUCAGGAGUCGGGACAGAGGGUAGGAGGCACUUUUUCACACAGUGGUGUGUGUAUUAUUAUUAUUUAUUUCUUAGCAGACGCCCUUAUCCAGGGCAACUUACAAUUGUUACAAGAUAUCACAUUAUUUUUACAUACAAUUACCCAUUUAUACAGUUGGGUUUUUACUGGAGAAAUCUAGGUAAAGUACCUUGCUCAAGGGUACAGCAGCAGUGUCCCCCCACCUGGGAUUGAACCCACAACCUUCCAGUCAAGAGUCCAGAGCCCUAACCACUACUCCACACUGCUGCCCUGAAUGGGUUGCCAAGACAUGUAGCUGUACCUGAUUCACUGGGAUUCCACAAGAACCAUCUGGAUCAAUUAGCCAUUAGGAACUGGAAAAGCAUCGAUGGGCUAAAUGGCCUCUCAAACUUUUAUUAUGUUUGUAUGUAAAAAUGUGCACUGCAAAAACUUACAAAGAUCAUUAUCUUGCCUUUUGAUAGAUAAUAUAUCUUGAUUUGAGUUUAAAAGCUGGAUUUUUCUUUUUUUCUGUUUUUUUUUUAAGGCUAUAUUUGCAAGUACUAUUUCUGUAAAGGGACAAAAACACCUGUUGAGGUUAUAAAACUUCAACUCAAGGGCUACUUGGUGCAAGGACUACGUACUUACAGACAACAGUUUUUAGGAGCUUCAAACUGCUGCUUUCCUCUGAAAGUGGAUGAAACUAUCUUACAUUUAGAAAUAUUGGAAUAAUUAUAUGGGUUUCUUAAUCCAAGCACUGUGCAUUGGUUCACUCACUGCAGCAACAGACCUGUUUUCCCACGACAUCAAACCCUAAAUCAUACUAUAUAAGAAACUAAUCCAAGUAGACAACACACUGAUGAAAAUAAUAACUGAAAUGUUUGUCAACUUGAAUUAGUUUUACUUUAUUUUUUAUUUAUUUACCUUACUGAUUUAAAAUUAUUUUAUUUACAUUCAAAGCUCAUCUUCUUUUUUAGAAAUUGGUUAAUAAAAAAGAAAAUACAAAAAACAAACAGAGAGAGAAAGAGAGAAUAAUAAUAGAUCCAUCUCUGGUUUCUGUGAUGUCAUAAACUAGUCAGAGACUGUUAGGUGGUAAGAGUCAAAUUGCAAGUGAAUUUAAUGGAUAAUAAGAAAGUAAAAUAUGGCAAUAUUAAAUAAUCUUAAAUAUAAUUUUCUUUUUGUUAAUUCAGGAACACAGAAUUAAACUGGGUAGAUAAUGAACUGCAAAAAAGAACACAUUUUUCAGGAAAAGGUGUUUCAAUGGGGUUUGCUUUUUUUUUUCUUCUCAGUCACUGUCAGUCGAAGUUUAUCUGUCUCACUCACUUGUUUGGUGCUCCCGUUGGUGGAGGAUGAUUGUAAAUCUUCAGAGACAGAUUUGUUAAGAGUGCCUAAAAACCAAGGAUUGUGGGUGUUGUCGAGUGAUUUAAAAGUGAUCUUGGGGUGCACAGGAGUCAAAUUUGGGUCAAAGAUGAAGUAUAAUCUUCUAGAUGAAUAUGCCAUUUUUGACGUCACUACUGCGGUAUUAUGCCUUUUUUCGAUUGGCUCAGGAUGCAAAUA